AUGAUCCAACAACAGGCUCGAGUCAUUGAGAUGCUUCAGGAGCAACUCCGUGAGGUAAUGAAAGGGUUCACAGCAGAGGAGAUACUGACUGGUGGACCAUUCUCCAAAACAGGAAAUACAUCGGGAUUAUUCGGGCAAGCACCCAGGGUAACGAGAGAGGACACGAGGGGGGGUCCCUCUCCUGUAGUUCCCCAGCCAAGGAGCUGGCAAGCUACGGAGCCAAGAUCCUUUAAUAGAUGCACUCCUAUGGGAGUUAAGGAAGGGAACCCUCAGGGAGAACAAACAUUCCCAGUACCGGCCACCCCCAGUGUGGAUAGACAACGUAUUCAAGAGUGGGGGGCCCGCGUGCAAAGAGCAGAACUAGGGGAGUAUGUCAGACCAGAGGGAGGGAUGUACACAUUAGGGGACGGUGGAAUAGCUUCAAUCGAGAGAUUGAGAACGACCUCUGAGCCAAGGGGGGUGGGAUCAAAGGGGACAGGAGGGGCGCCACCUCUGCCUCCUCCUCUGCUACCACCCUCAGGGGGACCAGGUGAUAACAAUUCUGAGGGUUCCGAUGAAGGUGUCAAGUCCAUGCCUCGGGCCUCCAUUCCGCCGCUCGGUACUCCGGAGAUCUACCUUUUAUUACCAGCCCCAGUACCCGCCACACGUUGUCACCACUCUAUCCACCUCCUGCACUUCCCCUACACCUCCCAAGUCACCUCCCCAAGUACCAUCAUGCACCUCCAUCCUGCACCUUCCCCACACAAGUACCACCAUAUACCUACCCAAAUGUCCUUCACCGACACGCUGUCAUACCCCGACCGCCACCAGAUCCGUCUCAGCACCGACCAGGAGCUCCCGCAUGCCGUAAACCCCCAAGACAGAUCCGUUACCCGAGCACCUGAUGACUUCCCCAACACAUGUACAUUCCCUGGCGCGCAUACAGGACCCCCUACAGCAACUCCAUUAAGUAUCAAUCUCGAUUACCGCCUCAUGUUCACUAGAUCCCCUGAUGUUCCCUUGUCCACUUCCCGUACCUAUUUAAGUAGCUCUGACACGUCCCCAAGCCCCAGCUUGCUACUUCGUAAGCUUCGGGACCUCUAUCUAAGUAACGUCGAAGCUACCCCUCACAUCGAACUACGUAUCGCUUCUCCGUUACCACCUCCCACACUCGAGGAUGCCCAUCCUCAAGCCCAGUUCCCAGGGACCUACCCUCCCUGGCAUAUACCUUCUCGGGAGCUUACACUCUCGAGACCCAUUCACAUCUACGACCUACUCGAUCCUAUAUUGACGUUCUAG